CUGCGACCUAUAUUUUCAAGAAAGCCAACGCGUCAGGGAGGAAUAUGUCGUAUUUUCCAACUUAACUAACGUAUUUAUAGACAAGGGUCAAAUAAAUACAUUCAAAAUGUCAAGGCAUCGUAAUGUACGGACUAUGAACUAUGAGGAUGAAUAUUAUGAUGAGGAUGAGGUUUAUGGGCAUUCUUAUGAUGACAGCUACUGUGUCUCGCCAGCAACAGCUGCACAGUUCACAUUUAAUCGGGAGCGAGAUAUUAAUCUGUCAUCGUACAUGGAGGAGGGAAUUCCAGAGGAAGAAGAUGAGAGUGACCACGAACCGUUAAACGAUUCAGGAAGGGACAAUAUCAAACUCAGUGAUGUGGAACGAGCCAGACUGAAUUCCUGCUUGGAGGAGAUUGGAAAUGUCCUAGGUGAUACUAUUCCGGAGCACAUUGUGUCCCAGACUGUCGUGAAGAAUCAUUACAACAUACAGGCUUCUCUGAACGAACUCCUCAAUAAAAAUGAGGCACCUAAACCACAAAGACAGCCCAGGGCAGACAGACGAUCAAACAGACAAGAUGAAGAUAGUGAUUUCGAUAGCUUUUUAGAAUCUUUAGAUUUAGAAACAGAUGGUGAUGAUACUGACAUAUUUUCAAAUAUAAGUACAAUGUCACCCAAAAUUUUUAAAUUUGGUACCUCACCCAAAGUAGAUACCAUUCCAGCUUGUAAGCAAACAUUGAGUCAGGAACGAUUCGCAACAAAACCAUGUAAAAUCAACACAUCACAAUUAGCAGCAAAAUGUACGGCAGCUGAAGUUACACAGAAAAGUCCGAAAACAAAGCAUGAUAUAAGUUCUGGUGAUCAUUCAAGCGUAGAAAAGAAGGGUCUGCCACUCGCUCAGCUGGCAGCUGAAGCAAAGAAGACACCUCUUUCUAUGCUAGCAUCCAAUAAGAACAAAGUUUCUUUAGCCAAGUUGGCAUCAGAACAAAAAAGUUCAUCUGUUCAUCUUGAAGGAAAGAAAAAUUUAUUGGCUGAUUUGGCCUUGAAGCAGAAAACUUCAUCUCUUGGCCAUCUUGCUGCCGAGCACAAAGGAAAUGCAGACACAGAAGACAUAAAACCAACCCUAGCACUGCUAGCUGCUAAACAAAAGGAGUGUGGGAACGUAUCCGAUUCAUCGAACACGUGUCUCGCUAAGCUUGCGACGAAAGAGAUGGCAGUAUCUGGAGGUCGACCGGUCCCUCCAAAAUCUCAGGAAUCCGUAUCCGAUUCAUCGAACACGUGUCUCGCUAAGCUUGCGAUGAAAGAGAUGGCAGUAUCUGGAGGUCGACCGGUCCCUCCAAAAUCUCAGGAGUCCUCUCCAGAAUCUCAAAAACCAACGACAUCUUUAGCGCAACUAGCUCAAAAACACAAACUAGAAGGUCAGGGUUCAAAUUCACCAACACAGGUUAAAGGUCAUUUAUCAACAGAACAAAAGAGAUCACCUUUAGCUCAGCUGGCUUCAAGACACACAGGAAUCUCUGUUGCUGGUUCAAAGCAAAGAGAAAAAGAAGUAUCCCUUGCACAGCUUGCUUCAAAAAGCGAUAAUUCCUCCAGCAGCAAUGGAAUUUCUCUCAGUCAGCUGGCAAAGGGAACCACUUCAGGCAUAGUGAGUCUAAGUGAACUCGCAAAGCAAAAUAAGAUGAAGACUAAAAGUGGAAGUGAAUCAGAGGUCAGGGUUUCUGGCAAUCUGCAGGUUGAAACGUCAGCACCUGCAGAAUCAUUUAAAAGGGAUUCACAGGGAAGAAUGAUGUCAAAGACUCGGUAUAUCCUAGCAGAAGAAACUGUGGAUGACAGAGAUUUGUCACAGGAUGGAAAAACAGCAGAAGAUACUAACUUUGAAAAGCUUUCUAUCGAUUUUGAAACCUUGGUAACCAUCACCAAAAAGCCAUCUUCUAUUGGAAAAGUUGUCUGUGGAAAGUUUGGGGGUUUCAAAAAGAAAUUAAAGAACAAUGAUAACUAUACUUACCAACCUUUUUCAUUUGCGAACCAAAGAAAAUGUACAGGUAGACAUUCGCCAGAAAAUCAGCAGAGUUUCGUUCCCUUUGACUUUUCCACCCCCUCCCCGGAUGACAUUAUUAGGGAGAAACAAAACAGAGCUUUCUCUCGCUCAGGAGAAAGAGUGGUUUCCAGAUGACUUAUGUAAUUCCAUAUUGAUGUCCUUUUUCUCUCUGUGAACUUGGUGUUAAAACUUCGAAAUAUGUUGUACAAAUGUUCUUUCAUUUGCAUAAUCAUGCCCCACAAAAAAAAAAAAAUUUUAUUGUGGGGAGGGGAUAUAUUGUAAUCACUAUUUCAGUCCACCCAUAGACAUUUUUUUUUGUUCAGAGAUUUUCUCUGACACUGUUAAUUGAUGUUUUAUGACAUGCUGUAUAUCUUGUUAGUAUUUGUACCUAGUAUUUUCUGACUUAUUCAUGCAGUGUUUAUGAGAGUACAAUGUAUUUCAAAAGUGAUAAUUUUUCUGUACGUUCUCUCAAUAUAUUUUUUUGUUUACAACAGAAAGAUAGAAUGUUCAUAGUUGACAAGGUGGUUGUUAUUGACAUUGUGUUUUGUCCUGCUCCAGACCAAGGUAACGGUAACAUAGCUCCAUCCUCAUGUGAAUUAUCAAUAUUAGUGGUUAAAAAUGGAAAAACUAAAUCAAUUUCCACUUAAUAUAGUUUAAUUUAAUCAAUAACCAAAGAAAGUGUGUGUAUUUUUUAAAGAUGUCGAACAUACACAAAUGGAAAUAUAUGUCAACAUCGGAAAAUCACACAAUUUCAUUAAAAUAUACUUAUAAAUAUACAUAUAUGUGUGUUAAAAUGACCAGUUUUUAAUUUCAACAGUUUCAAAAAAUGCUAUAAGUAUAAAUAUGUAUAAACUGAUUGUGGAUAUCGGGGGAAUCAUUGGAUAAUAGAGAAUAAACAUACAGUUGAGAAAAUACCAGCAUGGGAGUUAUUGCCCUUGACAAUAUUUUUAAAAUUUUAAAUAGUAAAUUUUUUAUUGGAAAUUAUAAACUUCUUCAAUAUCAAUAGUUUUCAAAUUCAUUAUUAUACCCCCCGCAACAAGUUGUGGGGGGGGGGGGGGGGGGGGUAUACUGGAAUCGGGUUGUCCGUCUGUCUGUCCGUUCGUCCGUCCAUCUGUAGACGCAAUGGUUUCCGGGCUCUAAAGCAUUAUCCUUUCCACCUACCGUCACCAUAUCAUACAUAUGGACUACCCAUGGGAUGAAGAUGUUCCCUAUCGAUUUUGGGGUCAAAGGUCAAGCACACUGGACAUCAAAGUAGCAAUAUGGUUUCCGGGCUCUAAAGCGUUAUCCUUUCCACCUACAGUCACCAUAUCAUACAUAUGGACUACCCAUGGGAUGAAGAUGUUCCCUAUCGAUUUUGGGGUCAAAAGGUCACGCGCACUGGACAUCGAAGUAGCAAUAUGGUUCGGUUUGUCAUGCCAUUUGUUUUUUACACUCAGAAAAGAGGUAGUUUAUACCUAUUACCAACACCCUUUGGGAGAUUGGGGUAAGCGGGGGGUAUUCUUAGUGAGCAUUGCUCACAGUACCUCUUGUUUUAUUCAGUGAAUAAAAUUCCCCUGAAAGAUAUAUUUUUAUAAGGUUCAAAGUUUAAUCAAAUAAAGAUUUUGCAAAAACCUAUGAUGUCACAUGAGGAUGGAGUUACCUUGGUCCCUGACAAAUUCCUCUGUAAUUCAGGUGCAAACCAUGUAAUUGGAGAAGUUCUUUGCAUUCACUUUUGACAGAAAGGUUGCUGAUUGUGAAUAUGUUCUGCUACAUUCACAAGGUCAUUUAGACUAGGUUAGUUGUCCAGGUCAUUUAGACUAGGUUAGUUGUCCAGGUCAUAUUUUACAAUGCAGAAAGAUUAGAUGCUCAUAUUUAAAAUAGAGGUGGGUACAGUACCACUAAAAUAUGGAAUGGAAUUUAAUAAAUUGAAACAAUUUGAAAUGAAACAUAAUUGAAAGUAUGAAAUAAGGACAUAAUCCUUUGAUGAAAUAAAAAUGGUUGGUUGGGGUUGAGACAGGGGUCUAAAAUUAAAAGAGGGCCAAGUUUAACACCAUAUUGGGGUUCAUGAGUCAAAAGGUCGAAUGCUGUGUAUGAUUUACAAUGGCUGUUUUUAGUGCAACAAAACUAACAUUGUUUGUGUGUGUGUUCCACUUGCUCUCCAAUAGUUCAUCAAUAUAGAAUUGUAGACCCUCUCUGUACAUUCAGAACUUCUGGUGGUUUUGGAGCUAGUCUCAGGUUGUUGGUCAGAAAAUUCCCAUUAAGGGCUUCUUUUAGGAGAAUUUGUCCAUUUGUAUUCAGUAGUUAUUCUUAGGACAAUUAUCUUGCAGCAUAAUAAUCCUUCAGACCUUUACAUUUCUAGUGAGUCUAGUUUACAUUUUUAGUGAGUCUUGUUUAUAUUUUUAGUGAGUUGAAAUAGAUGAAUUAAUUCUAGAAAAGAUAUAAAACAUUUCUUUCACUGCUCUAUCUUUAGAGCUUUUAGUUACUUACAGUGGACACAAUCAUUUCCUUGAACACCAUGUUAUGAUCCUAUCUCAAGGUUAUCUGGACGAUUUCAAGGUCAUCCGGGGAAAGAUAUGUGUAAUUUUUGUUGAAGCCAUAUCAUAGCAGUGUUGAAAUAUUUGGUUUUUUUAGCUCUAGGAUUCAAUAUAGUCCUAGAAUUUAACUCAAGGAUUCAUUAUAGUUCCAGAUCUCAACUCUUAGACUAGGAUUCAAUAUAGUCCUAGGAUUCAAUAUAGUCCUUAUAAUUCAACUCUUAGAUUCACCUCAACUCUUGUCUGACUUUGUAGUGCAUGGAUUUUUUUGAAGAUAUUUAUUUUACUUUUUAAACUAAGAAUAAUAGAAUUGAAUGUUUAGAAGAUAUUUAUGCAAAUAGUUUUUAACCUAAGAAUAAUAGAAUUGGAUGUGAACCAGUUUGUUUGUGCUUGGGGGGUGGGGGGGGGACAUUCAUUUUAUCAGAAAAGGAAUAGUUUCACUUUGUUAACAUAUCAGCAUAAUAAUCUCUUUAGCAAUAAGUUACUGCAGUAGCUUUAACAAGGCAAGGUAUCAAAAAAAGCAAUGGAUGUAGUUUGAAUUUGUUUAAUGCUCAAAUGUUUCAAUUUUGAACGAACGACAAUGUUUUAUUUCAGUUGGUUUCAAACUUUUAACAAAUGACAAUAUUUUGCUUCAGUUGGUUUCAAACAAUCUUUGUAACUUGAAAACUUAGUUAUAGAUUUUAUAUGUAGUAAUUUUUUAAUAGAUUGAACAUUGAUCAAUUUAUAUAUUUAUACAAAUGUUAAUGUUUUUUUCAUGUUUUUAUUGAAUGUAUUUAUCUUUGAUUUGAUGAAUAAAUGCAGCAUAGUGUCAUGUCUAUUCUUA